ACGAUUCAAAAUUCGAGAAAUAAAUUAGCGAAUUUAAUGAAUAUCAAUGAGUUUUCCACUUCCAAUCGAAUUAUUAAGAGAAAUUUUCAUAAAUCUUCAUAGUGAAGAAGAUCAUGCUGAUUUAUUCUGUGUCGCAUUUGUAAAUCGGGAAUGGUGUAAAACUGCAAUUCCUCUCUUAUGGGAAUCUCCUUUUUAUUCAAUGACAAAAGAAACUAUUUGGAGAUGUUUAAAUAUUCGUACUUAUAUUUCUGGAAUUAAAGAGGAAUCAAGAAAAAUUUUAAUAGAAAAUGGAAUGGAUCUUAGAUCUUCACCUGUUGGUACAGCUUUCGAUUAUACUUCUUAUUUACAAAAAAUUGAUUUAUGGAAUAUUAAAACCGCAAUAAGACAUUAUCUUAUUGAAACAC